AUGACACUUGCAUUGGGAGGAUGGUCGAGUAACAAAACGCACCUAGACGAACUUGUGAAACCGUACUGGGGACUGCGAGGUGAAAUCACCGUGGUUGACGGAUUGUUGUUGAAAAGUGAUAGACUUGUUAUAUCGCCUAUUCUAAGGACCGAGAUCCUAGAGAAAUUGCACGAGGGUCACUUGGGAAUCGCAAAGUGUCAAGAACGCGUGAAAUCGUCAGUCUGGUGGCAUGGUCUUAGCAGCCAAAUAGAGGAUGUGGUGAAUUCUUGCCAUAUCUGUGCCGAGGCAAGGAAUGACUCUGCCGAACCGUUAAUACCAACUCCGCUACCGACACGUCCAUGGCAACGCGCGGGUACAGAUCUCUUCCAUUCCAAAGGGAAAACAUACCUUUUUGUUGUUGAUUAUUUCUCACGUUUUGCGGAAAUCGCCAAGUUGUCGUCAACGUCAAACCCAUAUUUAGCCGUCACGGGAUACCAUUUGUGCUAA